AGCGGGGGGUUUGCAGAUGAGGAGGGGGGGUUGGGUUCAGCAAUAUCCAAACCGCUGGAGAAAAAGCAGGCGGUUAUUUCCCUCCCCUCCCCUUGACAAAUCUCUAACAUUUCAGACCUCCGGUCAACAUCAGCAGGACCUCCUGAAGAACAUAACACCAAGACGAGACAUACAGACUGAGAAAGACUGAGAGAAGAGUACGUCCAGAGAUACGGCCGUUUUCUGUGUGACCCUUUGGAGAGACAGAGGUUUGGCGUGUGAACUUUCCCCCUGACAUGCCACACAUCUCACCUCCCGGCCUGCGCGAGGGCAAGAGGGUGGAGAGACCCUGACGAUGAAGUGACGCUGGGCGUGUACCACGCUUCUGAAUUCUUCUCCCACACCAGAUCUUCCGUGGCUCGGUCAAGAUGUGAGCGGAGGAUUUCUUUUGUGUACACUGUGGACUUCUCUUUUCACUUUUUCCAGAGCUCGUUUUUCCUCCGCCGAUGGUCGAUUCUGAGGUGUGUGGCUAAGACACGGAGGUCUGAUGAAGAACAAGGCUGCUAAGCUGAAGUCCAAGAGAAAAGGAAGUGAGAAUGCGUUCGGCUGUGACCUGACUGAACAUCUGCAGAACUCGGGACACGACGUUCCUCAGGUCCUGAAGACGUGUGCAGAGUUCAUCGAGAAACAUGGCAUUGUGGACGGAAUCUACAGGCUCUCAGGAAUCACAUCCAACAUUCAGAGACUCAGACAGGAGAUUUGCUCGGAGCUCUGUCCUGACCUCACUAAAGAAGUGUAUCUUCAGGACAUCCACUGCGUCGGCUCUUUAUGUAAGCUGUACUUCAGAGAGCUGCCCAACCCUCUGCUCACGUAUGAACUCUACAAGAAGUUUACUGAUGCUGUGUCAUAUAAAGAGGAACAUGAACAGCUGUGGAACAUGAAAAGCGUCAUUAAAGAACUUCCAAUUCCUCACUUCAGAACUCUGGAAUACCUCACCAAGCAUCUGGCUCAUUUGGCCACGCUCAGUCACCAGACCAACAUGCACGCUCGCAACCUCGCUCUGGUGUGGGCUCCUAAUCUCCUGCGCUCAAAGGAGGUGGAGGUGUCCACGUGUAACGGCGAUGUGGCGUUUCUGGAGGUGCGAGUCCAGCAGUCGGUUGUAGAGUUCAUUCUCAACCACACCGAUCAGAUCUUCCACGAUCUUCCGCCUACCAAACCCAGAGAAGUCCAUAGUGUGGCCUGCGGGGAGAAAUACGCCACCUUGCCGGCCACCAUGCAGUGCGCUCCCAUGAAGCUCAUGAGUCUUGAAGAAGCCCAGGCUCGCUCGCUCAGUCCAAACCAUCCGGUGAUGAGAGAGAGACAGAGAGAGAACAGCCUGCCAGAUACCAGCACCGCUGCCGUGUAUCAUACAGUCAUAGAUCUGUCUGACAGCAGAAGAAAGUUCUCUGGAAAGUCAAAGAAGUGGAAGUCAAUCUUCAGUCUGGGACGCUCCGUCAUGGAAUCUAAAGGGAAACUGAGUCGCAAUGGCAGUGUGUUCAUGAGAGGCCCAAAUAUGUCAGAAAAACCUGCUAUACGGCCAUCCAAAAGCAUGGACUCUCUCUGUUCUCAACCAGCAGACGAUGAUAAAGCUGCCGCAGCAGGAGGAAGCAACGGCAUCUUCAUCCCAGUUCUGAAAUCCAGAACACUGGGCUCAGACAUCGACUACAACCUGAACGAGAGGGAUUCAAAGUGGGAUUUAGGGCAUCACACAGCCUCAGGAGGCCGUCAGAACGAGAAAGAUCCUCCAAACCUACCUCCUGCAUCUUCAUCUCCACAGCAGAAAACUCUUCCAGAACAGCUGAAAGUGUUCAAAGGUGACGAGCGCAUUGGCUGCCAGCCGACGUCUCCCAAAAACCGCCGGAUGCUCUAUUCCGGCUCUACCAGCAACGGAUCGUCCAGACCGUCUUUUCCGGGCAGCCUGUUUCCAUUGGAGUCCUCGCCACGGCACCAACGCAAGGCCCUGAAUAUUUCCGAGCCGUUUGCUGUGUCCGUGCCCCUGCGCGUGUCUGCGGUCAUUAACUCCAACAGCACACCCUGCAGGGCACCAGGGAAAGAACGGGAGAGGGCUUUAGGGGGACUCUUUAGUCCCACCAGGGAGGCCGUACCUUCGGAAGCCCGUGGCAGCGAUGCUGGGUUCAGAGUUCCGAUCAGCAGCGGCGGCGGCCUGAACUUUGGGUUCACAGACUGGGAGGCUGGACUGGGAGGAGGCAGUCACAGUACUGGGCAAAGGGAGCACUCGCUCGCUGACAGCAGCGGAGGCAGCGGAUGCAGUAUCUAUAGCAACAGCAGCUCUUUUCCAAUGGAAAAUGAAGAGAACCAGACUGGGGGGAGAGAUAUUACUGAUGACAUCAGUCUGGGGACGACAGAAAGCAGGGAUGCAGAAGUGAGAGAACUUAUCGCUAGCGUGCAGAAUUUUGAGCCCCGGGUGCCAUCUGAGACUAAAGCAACUGUUGAUUACAAAAGAAAAUCUCAAGCGUCUGGAGAUGAACUGGAAACUGGAACACGACAGGAGAUCACCACAUCCGACCAACUGGACAACGAGGUAAUCAUCAGGGAGACGUCGCCUGGCAUCCAUCACAACGUUGCCAUCACCGAUGGUCAAACAAACACAGUGGAUGAAAAGAUGAAAUCAAGCUUUACCAAUAUUACUGAUGACAAGGUGAAGCUAAGUGCUGACGUGAAAAGAAGAAGCAGUUUGCCUGCAAACACCCAAUCAGCAAAAGAACUCAAUUUGGAAGAAACCAAAAACUCAACAGUUGAUCAUUCUGGUGCUACUGUGUUUAAAUAUAAUCCGAAGCCUUUUCCGGAAAGAUUGAUGUCAUGUGACGGUGGCUGGAAUUACCUGGAUCAUGAUGUGGAUGGGAUGGAGCGCAAGAGCCAAGAGUUGCAGGACACAACGAACAGUCUACAGCUUUCUCCGUUUCUACACCUGAAAGAAACAGAUAUUCUCCAAGAUGCGGAACCGUGGACUUGUAUUGAAGAGGAUCCCGUUCAGAAAGCCAGGGCUUGUGAAAGUGAAACGAAGGAACCGUCAGUGACGCAGGAGAUCUGCGUGCGAGGAAAUAAGAAGGUUGGCCGUGAAGCCAUGAAGCUUAACUUGACAGAAAGAAACAAAGGACGUUUGGAAAGACUCUCAACGUGUUUGAGUGAGCAACAUCUCACUUUGGAUGUUUUGUGUCAGGAUGAUGCAGACACGUUGGGGAAUCACUUGGGAGGUUUGGAUCAGGUGGAGCCGUGGGAAGACUUCUGUUCUGCCAAACAGUGGGUGACCAGCCCUCUGCACUCACCAAUACUUGAGGAUUACUUGAGAGAGACUAUGCAAUGUCAAGCGACUAAAAGCAUAGAUCUUGAUAAACCAAACGCGGACCGGUUGCCCGACAUCAAGAAAGUAGAAGCUAAAGAAGCAGCUGUGACCAAUGACGUGACAUCAUCUUCAACAGAUGUGCCUUUGACCGCUGCGUGUAAACUUGGAAAGUCGGACCUCCCAAAAGAAAACAAAAACGCAGACGUAUUUGAGCAGAAAACAAAGCACCCCGACUGCGACAACAGCGAGAUCCCAAAGAUGAGGGUUUUCAAGACGUCUGUUGAUCCCAACAAUAUGACCGGACUGCAAAACGUAAGCAAAGGCAAACAGAAACUCUCUCAGAGGUUUCACCGACAGACAUCUCAAGAGUCAAGUGUCACCGACAGAAGGAACGAAAACCCCCUAGCCAAACAAAGGCCAUGUUCCCUAAACCUUGAUUUAGGACACAGAGGCGUCAGAGACAUUUCAAACUAUCAAUAUCUUAAAUGUUCAGCACGAGAAGGGCUGAGUGACCCGUCUCUAGAGUUGGAGUUGUUCCUGAGCCGCUCUCAGGCACCCGUGCGACGCAACUCCGCACCGGUAAGCGUGUCCUCGGUCCGGACCGCGUUCAUGAUCAAAACCUGUCAAGCAAAAGCUGUGCCUGUUAUUCCACCCAAAAUUCAGUACAGCCACGUACCUCCUCCUCUCGCAAAGGGAAACACCGAUCAAAAAAGCACACCUGAGAAGAAACCUGUCAAGAGCAAGCUGAGUAAAGCAGGUUCUGCACCUCCUCUCCAGAAUGUCCGAAAUCCCAAGGAGGCGAAAGAAAGUUGCGAAGCGCCGAGAGAGGUGCAAAAACCCACCAACAAGGACAAUGUGACUUGCCAAGCAAAACCCUUCCCAGAUCUCCCAGUACUGAGAAGGAAGCGAUCGGCUAACGGAGACACGUUCAUGGACCGUCCAAGACCCGAGCGCUCAACGCUGCUCCAAAGAUCCUCCUUCAGAAACCGGCCAAGGCCUCAGAGCCUCAUUCUGUUUAGCCCGCCGUUUCCAAUCAUGGACUAUCAUGCUGCAGGGGAUGAUGGGAAAACAGCCCUGUCGCCCAUUCAAGCUGAAGUGUCGCCGUUCGAUGUCUACGCCAAGGAACUCGCCGAAAACCUCAAGACCCCUGAGGGGGUGACCCUGCGUGGUAAAAUGACUUUGCCGAAGAGCGGACAGAGGCUGGAGACCUCCACCAGUUGCUUUUACCAGCCACAGAGGAGGUCCAUGAUAUUUGACAACAGGAGUAACAGGCAAAACGAGUGACUUGACGUAGUUUUGCACACGUGACGAUGCCUGGUGCCAUUUGAUUAUAUUGUGCUUUGUGUAAAAUGCUGCUGCUACGGAUUUAUACCAGAGAUGUAUUUGCUUUUGAGACAAACUCGUGAGACUCAGCAGCUCCUGUAUGCAAAUACAGAAUGCACGUCCAUACCGAAUCGAAAUUAAAAUGGACCCGUUCCCUCCCCGCCAGCGCUGAUGUCUGUUUCUACUUUAUCUUGCUUGGAACAUAUUAUGUUUACAAUCGAAGGCAUGGGUAUAAAUGUCUUUACUCUAUGUGAUGUAAUCAGACAUCGAGCAGGCCAGCCAAGGAGAAUAUAACACUAUUACAAUUGUUUUUGUACAAAAAUGCCACAUCCAAAUGUUUAUUUAUUCUGUAUUGUCAUUGCUUGUCUGUAUACUCCAUUUCAGUAUUGUGUACUCUAAAAGAGUACAAUUCAGUUUGUGUAAAUGUUUAGGGUAAAUAUCCUACGGUUUCAGGACAGGUGAACGUUCUUGAACAAUUCCGACAUUUUUUGCUCAGUAAUUCCGUUUUUAAUAUUUUCAAAUUAUGUGGUUGCUCGAGAUUUACAGAUUUAUAGAGAAAACUAUGUGAUGGUGUGAUUGCAAGAAAUGGGAAACAGAAUGAAAAUUGUGUUUUAUAUAAAGUGUAAAGCAGAGGAAUCUGGGCAAUGUAUUAUGAAUGAGACGGUGAUUACGAGAGCUGUCCGUUAUUGUAACCAAAAACAUUAACAUUGUUAUUUGCCCUUCUGUAUUAAUCAAAUUGGAUUUAUUGUAUGUAUUCUUUCCAAAGAAAACAAUAAAUAAAAUGUCAUAUAUGUAA